GCAAACAAAAGGAAAGACGACUUAUAAUAACAAAUGCCAUUUUUUAAAAAAGAAAAAUUUGUUUUCAGAAAAUACUAAAGGAAAUUGGAAUUUUUUUGCAUUCAAAAGAAGCUUUCAGGUAAAUGGAUUUGGCAGGCAGGCUCUGUCGAAAUUCUGCAGAGGUUUGAUCUUCCUUCUUGAGGACUUAGUGUGAAGUAAUUCUGUAUGGCUUUUAAAUUGCUGUUGAUCAGCUUGUGGGUUUUGGGGUUCUAACUUUUCUGGUAUAUUGAAGAUACAUUAUAUUACAUUUUUAAAAGUUAAGUUAUUUUUCUGCCAUUGUAAAUAUAAGUAUCAAAAUAUUCUUGCAAAGCAAUUAUAGGUAGGCCUUUUAAGAGAGUGGAAUGCUAACAGUUCUUACACAGCACUUUGGACACAAUUUUAUUUUCUGUCAGAGGUCCUGGCUAAACUGAAAAUAUUAAUUAUAUAAACCUGUUGUCCUCACAUCUACAUUGGAUUACACGGUCACCUGCCUCAUGGAAAUGCCUUUUUUAAAACUUAGAUUUUCAGAACUCCACUAUUUUUAUACCUAGCUACAGUCUUGGAAAAAAAGACUCAGAACCCUGACCGCUCACAGUCACUGGGACAAUUCCCUCUCCCGCAUGUAUUGCUGCAGUGCCCAAGACAGUAAAAUGGACUAUAAGCGGCGCUUUCUGCUUGGCGGGUCCAAGCAGAAGGUGCAGCAGCACCAACAAUACCCGAUGCCCGAGCUGGGUCGAGCACUAAGUGCUCCCCUGGCAUCUACAGCCACCACUGCCCCCUUGGGCAGCCUGACUGCUGCAGGCAGCUGCCACCAUGCCAUGCCCCACUCCACUCCCAUCGCCGACAUCCAGCAGGGCAUCUCCAAGUACCUGGACGCCCUCAACGUCUUCUGCCGUGCCAGUACUUUCCUCACUGAUCUCUUCAGCACCGUGUUCAGGAACUCUCACUACUCCAAGGCAGCCACGCAGCUCAAAGAUGUGCAGGAGCAUGUCAUGGAAGCAGCCAGUCGGCUGACUUCAGCCAUAAAGCCUGAGAUCGCCAAGAUGCUGAUGGAACUCAGUGCCGGGGCCGCAAACUUGACAGAUCAGAAGGAAUUCAGUCUCCAGGACAUUGAGGUGCUGGGGCGAUGUUUCCUGACUGUGGUGCAGGUCCACUUCCAGUUUCUGACCCAGGCGUUACAGAAGGUCCAACCAGUGGCCCACUCUUGCUUUGCGGAGGUGGUUGUGCCCGAGAAAAAGAGCAGCAGCAGUGGCGGCAGCUUGCCCGGCAUGGGCCACACACCUGAACUGGAGGAAGCUGUGCGGUCCUGGCGGGGGGCUGCUGAGGCAACAUCUAGACUAAGAGAAAGAGGAUGUGAUGGCCGCCUGGCAGGAAUUGAAGUUCAGCAGCUCUUCUGUUCUCAAAGUGCAGCAAUUCCUGAGCACCAGCUAAAAGAACUGAACAUAAAAAUUGACAGUGCUUUGCAAGCAUAUAAAAUAGCUCUGGAAAGCUUAGGCCACUGUGAAUAUGCGAUGAAAGCUGGUUUCCACUUGAAUCCAAAGGCAAUUGAAGCCAGUUUGCAGGGCUGCUGCAGUGAGGCAGAAGCACAGCAAACAGGGCGGAGGCAGACCCCGCCGCAGCCCAUGCAGUGUGAGCUUCCUACUGUCCCUGUGCAGAUCGGAUCGCACUUCCUGAAGGGCGUCUCCUUCAACGAGUCAGCUGCUGACAAUCUGAAACUUAAGACGCAUACAAUGUUACAGCUGAUCAAGGAGGCAGGCUGCUAUAAUGGAAUCGCACCAAGGGACAAUUUUCCUGUAACUGAAGUACUGAACCAGGUGUGCCCAUCCACAUGGCGCGGCGCCUGCAAGACUGCCGUACAGCUGCUGUUUGGCCAGGCUGGACUGGUGGUAGUUGAUACAGCACAGAUAGAAAAUAAAGAAGCCUAUGCCCCCCAAAUCAGUUUAGAAGGCUCCAGAAUUGUGGUUCAAGUCCCGUCCACAUGGUGCCUGAAAGAAGACCCUGCUACCAUGUCCCUGCUGCAGAGAAGCCUGGAUCCCGAGAAGACCCUGGGUCUGGUGGACGUGCUCUACACGGCUGUGCUGGACAUCAGCCGCUGGCGGGCCGGCAGGGAACAAGCUUUACCCUGCAUACAGAUCCAGCUUCAAAGGGAGAUCUGUGAUUUUGGGAAUCAGGCUGACCUGCCUUCUGGAAAUGGAAACAAACCCUCGGGGGGCCUGCAGAAGACCUUCUCCAAAUUGACGUCCCGGCUCACUAGGAAAGCAUCAUGUACCAGCUCCAGCAGCAGCACAAGUUACUCCAUCCUAAGUACCCCUUCCAAAAAUACCUUCAUAGCUGGGUGUGCAGAAGAGAAAGCCAAAGUGCCCAGUAAUAUUGAUUCAAGGUUACAAAGCAUUUUGAACAUUGGUAAUUUUCCCAGGACUACAGACCCUUCACAGUCAGCUCAGAAUUCCAGUAAUCAAAUGGCCAAUGGUUUUCUCAUGGAGAGGCGUGACAACUUUCUGCAAGGGGAUGAUGGCAAGGACGACAAGGGUAUGAACUUACCAACCGAUCAGGAAAUGCAGGAGGUGAUAGAUUUUCUCUCGGGCUUCAAUAUGGGCCAGUCACAUCAGGGCUCCCCGUUAGUGACAAGGCGUAAUUCUGCUGCCACAGCCAUGGUGACCGAACAGAAGGCAGGAGCCAUGCAGCCACAGCAGCCACCACUGCCCGCGCCCCCUGCACCGCGGCCACCCCAGGCUGGGGCGCACACACCUCUUACACCCCAGCCAGGCCUGGCACCUCAGCAGCAGUCCCCAAAGCAACAACAACCCCAGGUCCAAUACUACCAACACUUGCUCCAACCCAUUGGACCGCAGCAGCCCCCACCCCAGCCUCGGGCUCCUGGGAAAUGGGUGCAUGGCUCAUCCCAGCAGCCAGCACAGCCCGUUGGAGCGGGUCUGUCUCCUCUUGGCCAGUGGCCUGGCAUAUCUGAUCUCAGUUCUGACUUGUACAGCUUGGGUCUGGUGAGCAGCUAUAUGGAUAAUGUGAUGUCAGAGGUUUUGGGGCAGAAGCCUCAGGGACCUAGAAAUAACACCUGGCCAAACCGUGACCAAAGUGAUGGAGUCUUUGGAAUGUUGGGAGAGAUUCUGCCUUUUGAUCCUGCAGUGGGUUCGGACCCCGAGUUUGCACGCUACGUGGCAGGAGUGAGCCAGGCGAUGCAGCAGAAGCGGCAAGUCCAGCAUGGUCGCCGCCCAGGCAACCCCCGGGGACACUGGCCCCCCAUGGACGAUGCCCAUCGGACCUGGCCUUUCCCAGAGUUCUUCACAGAAGGGGAUGGCCUGCACAGCGGCUGGUCGGGUACUCAGGGAGACUCAGCCAGCUCUAGUGAUGAGACGUCCUCUGCCAACGGAGACAGCUUGUUCUCCAUGUUUUCAGGGCCUGACCUCGUUGCUGCCGUCAAGCAGAGAAGGAAACACAGCAGUGGAGAGCAGGAGACCGGCACACUGCCCUCACCGCCUCUUCUUACCACAGUGGAGGACGUCAGUCAGGAUAACAAAACCAAAACGUGGCCACCCAAAGAACCCUGGCAACACCCUUCUCCACUGCCCAGCACGCUGCCCAGCCCAAGCGCACCGCUCUAUGCAGUCACCAGCCCUGGCAGCCGGUGGAACGACACCAUGCAGAUGCUGCAGUCCCCAGUGUGGGCUGCCACCAGUGAUUGCAGCGCCACCUCCUUCACCUAUGUGCAGACCCCACCACAGCCCCCACCCCCACCAGCACACAAGGCAGCACCCAAGGGCUUCAAGGCCUUCCCCGGGAAGGCUGAGCGCAGGCCAGCCUACUUGCCCCAGUACUGACCCAGGCCAGCCUGCCUGCCCACCCAAAGCCGCUGGGGCCAAUGUCCCCAUCCCAGGGCUGACUAGCUGGCACCAGCCCCCAAGAGGACCAGUGCACCCCUGUCCCAGGAUCCUUGGGGAUGGGGGUGGUUGGCUGUUCCAAGCCUUUAAGGCCUAGCUUCUCAAACUUAGGAGACAUCAGACCCCUGGAGGGCCAGCUGAAGACGGAGGUCUCUGACCCUUCUCAGGGAAAUGCUGGGAUCUCCGAGCUUAAUAAGCACUUCUGGUGAUUCUGAUGCAGUUGGGCCACAGGCCACACUCUGAGAAACACAGCUUUCAAGUUUGUAGUCUCACUGUGUGGCUGGGAAGGCAUCAGGCCUGAAGGCUGACUGCAAAACCGACCAUUCUGAACCCUUCCCCUCCUUAACACGUUGAGUGAUGACCACACCAAUCACUGUAUUUUACAGCUGUUUUUCAGUUAAAACAUCUCCUGCCUAAAAUGCAUUGAAGUUUUUAAGAUAACAAAUGUAGCAGCUGGAGGUUUGUUCAACACUAUUUUUAUUUAAGCUUAUACAAAAUGGGCAACAUAUAGAAUAUUUGUUAUCAGAAGCAGUCUCCUGGGUUUUCUGUGCUGGGCAGUCCCUCUCCACCCUAGCAGCACCUGGGGAGUGUGGCCUUUAUCGGAUUUACAAAAGCAGGAUCAUAAAACUGGUGUCAGAGGCAUCUUCCUGAUGGUGCGUGGAGAUGAGCCAGCUGGCUGCUGUCUGUGCAGGGUAAAGAUACAGGUGGCCCUCGGGUCCUUCCACGCACAGCCAGAGGCUUCAGUGCAGUCUCAGAUGUGGGGGGUGGCCAAGGGGCUGUGCAGAGACACCUGUACUUGAGGUUACAGUGACUUUUGUGAGCUGGCUCAAGACAAACCAAUUAAGAUGUAGAUAGGAAUUAAUUUAAAGUAUUUUCUUAAAUAACAAAACAAAAAACCCACCUCAUUUUCAGUUAACAUGCCAUUAAAUAGAUAACAUCCUGUGGAUUUAGGGAUAUUUUCCAGCCAGAAUGGAUCCAGAAGAAUUGAAUGGUGCUUAAAUUGAGAAAUAAUAAUAAAUAUAUCUAUAUAGAAUAGACAUCCCACUGUAUAUUAAUUGAGGUUACAGAAGUUCU